AUGUUUGCCCGUGCCGUGAAAACUGCUGCCUGCCAAGGUGCGAAGAACUUUUCCACCACCAGCCAGAACAAUGUUAAGGUGGCCGUUUGUGGUGCUUCGGGAGGUAUCGGACAGCCGCUGUCGCUGCUGCUGAAGAACAGUCCACUGGUGACGGAGCUGUCACUGUAUGAUAUUGUGCACACGCCUGGCGUGGCCGCUGAUCUAUCCCACAUCGAAACGCAGUCGAAAGUGACGGGAUACAAUGGACCCGAAAAUCUGGAGAAGGCUCUGAAGGGUGCCGAUAUCGUCAUCAUUCCGGCUGGUGUGCCGCGCAAGCCUGGUAUGACCCGUGACGAUUUGUUCAACACAAACGCGUCGAUCGUACGCGAUCUGGCCGCCGGGUGCGCAAAAGCUUGCCCGAAAGCGCUCAUCGGUAUCAUCUCGAACCCUGUUAACUCGACCGUACCCAUCGCCUGCGACACGCUGCAAAAAGCCGGAGUGCUGGACCCGCGCCGUGUGUUCGGCGUCUCGACGCUGGAUAUUGUGCGUGCGAACACGUUCGUGGGUGAGGCGGCCGGUGUUGAUCCGCAGAAGAUGAACGUCCCCGUCAUCGGUGGACAUUCGGGCGUCACGAUUAUCCCGGUGCUGUCCCAGACGAAGCCAGGCGUGAACUUCCCGCAGGACAAGGUCUCCGCUCUUACGGAACGCAUCCAGGAGGCUGGCACGGAGGUGGUCAAGGCGAAGGCUGGUGCUGGAUCGGCCACGCUUUCGAUGGCUUAUGCCGGUGCUCGUUUCGCGCUCGCUCUGGCUCGUGCAAUGAACGGCGAACAGAACGUCAUUGAGUGUGCUUACGUGCGAUCGGACGUGACUGAGGCCAAGUACUUCGCUACUCCGCUGGUCCUAGGCAAGAAUGGGCUGGAGAAGAACUUGGGGCUACCGAAACUGAACGCAUUCGAGCAGGAACUGUUGAAGAAGGCUAUCCCGGAGCUGAAGAAGAACAUCCAGAAGGGAGAAGAUUUCGUGAAGAAAAACUAA